AGACAAUUGUAACGCAUACUAUCCGUGGUACUGCAUUGAUAUUGAUUCACUACAUAUUAUUGUACCACCUGAUUGAUUCUGCUUAGCUUCUUGCAGCUCUCAUGGCCAGGCGCGGCGUCACAGAUAUGUUGCUUCUCCGGGGAGCAAGGAGAACAGAAAGUGGGGUGAUAAAGUUCUCAGGGAGUUCCCAACAUGCAGCAGAAAGCUGUGGAGGAAUUCCAAAGAGUUAUGGGAAGAUAGAGGAUUCAACAUGCUGGGUUCCACACCCACGCACAGGGAUUUACUUCCCAAAAGGGCAUGAAUGGGUGAUGGAUGAUGUUCCUGAGGGUGCAGCCUCUUUCACUCAGACUUACUGGCUCAGAAAUGUUGAUGGCGUAGACAACACAAAAGCUUAAUUAAUUGGAUUAAAUUCCUGUUAAUGGGGGACUAAAUACCUACCUAUAGAUAUAUAAUAUACAUAGUCAAUAAGGUUAUUAGUUCCCAAACUUAAAGUAGCACCAACAUGCAAAUGUUGAGUGGCUAUUGUAACUAAAUAAAUAUGGAGAUCAAGCAUCCUUAUGAAUGCUUCAAUAAUCCUUAACAAGUA